CACUAGGGGAUAGGAUUAGCAAACCUGAAACCUCUGCAAAUAUUUGGCUUCCUCCGGCAUUCCUCCCGAGGCUUCUGGCUGUCUCGUGCCUACCUCACCCAGUACCCUUUAGGCUCGCUCCGCCACACAAAGCCCGAUCUGCCUAUCUCCUCUUCGCAAACCCUGAGAACUUCAUUCCGCACGUUGAAACUCGUCGGUGGCGGUGGCGGGCAGGACUGGGCAUGCUCAGUGGCGGGGACAGGUCUGGGAGGCGAGGAAGCCGCAUUUGAAGUGGCUCGGCCUCGGGGAUGAGGGGGAGGCAGGCGCCCCGGCCGGGGUCCGCCGAGGUUCCCGCUGCGGCGCGCGAGGCCGACAUGCCGCGGCCGGGAGCAGCCAGCCCGGCGCGCGGGGACCGGGUCUCCGAAGACGUGGGGGCGCCGACGGGAGGAGGGGAGGAGCGCCCGGGCCGCCAGCCCCAGGCGCCGAGGCUGCCGGAUGGCAAGCCGCAGGGAGGAUCCGAGGACAGGAGGACGCCGGAUCGUGACCUCCAGCGAGGCCGCCCGAGCCGGAGCCCGCGCGCCGCCCCGCCGGCCCCGGGCAUGGGCGACCGCGGCGCGCAGCACGAGCGCGCGGCCCUGCAGUCCCUGGGGGCCCCCGAGGGCGCCGCGGCCGCCGUGAACGGGCUGCUGCACAACGGCUUCCACCCGCCGCCCGCCUGCAGCCGCGACCCGCCGCCCGCACGCUUCCAGCUCUCGUCCGAGCUGCAGCCGCAGCCGCCGUUCGCCCAGCAUGAUUCUCCGGCCAAGAAAUGCCGGCUGCGGAGGAGGAUGGACUCCGGGAGGAAGAACAGGCCGCCAUUCCCGUGGUUUGGUAUGGAUAUUGGUGGAACCCUGGUUAAGCUGGUUUACUUUGAACCGAAGGAUAUCACGGCAGAAGAAGAACAGGAAGAAGUAGAGAACCUGAAGAGCAUCCGGAAGUAUUUGACUUCUAACACUGCCUAUGGCAAAACUGGGAUCCGAGACGUCCACCUGGAACUGAAAAACCUGACAAUGUGUGGGCGCAGAGGGAACCUGCACUUCAUCCGCUUCCCCACCUGUGCCAUGCACAUGUUCAUCCAGAUGGGCAGCGAGAAGAACUUCUCCAGCCUCCACACCACUCUCUGUGCCACGGGAGGCGGGGCUUUCAAGUUUGAAGAGGACUUCAGAAUGAUUGCGGACCUGCAGCUGCAUAAACUGGACGAACUGGACUGCUUGAUUCAGGGCCUGCUUUACGUUGACUCGGUUGGCUUCAACGGCAAGCCAGAAUGCUACUAUUUUGAAAACCCCACAGAUCCCGAGUUGUGUCAGAAGAAGCCAUACUGCCUUGAUAACCCGUACCCUAUGUUGCUGGUUAACAUGGGCUCCGGAGUCAGCAUUCUGGCAGUGUACUCCAAGGACAACUACAAAAGAGUGACGGGGACCAGUCUUGGAGGUGGGACAUUCCUAGGCCUAUGUUGCUUGCUGACUGGUUGUGAGACCUUUGAAGAAGCUCUGGACAUGGCAGCUAAAGGCGACAGCACCAAUGUUGAUAAGCUGGUGAAGGACAUAUACGGAGGAGACUAUGAACGAUUUGGCCUUCAAGGAUCUGCUGUAGCAUCAAGCUUUGGCAACAUGAUGAGUAAAGAAAAGAGAGAAUCCAUCAGCAAGGAGGACCUUGCCCGGGCCACACUGGUCACCAUCACCAACAACAUUGGCUCCAUUGCUCGGAUGUGUGCACUGAAUGAGAACAUUGACAGAGUUGUAUUUGUUGGGAACUUUCUCAGAAUCAACAUGGUCUCGAUGAAGUUGUUAGCCUAUGCAAUGGACUUUUGGUCUAAAGGGCAGCUGAAAGCACUGUUUCUGGAACAUGAGGGUUACUUUGGAGCUGUUGGGGCCCUGUUGGAACUGUUCAAAAUGACUGAGGCACAGUAGAGAGGACAGCCCCUCGUGAGGACAGAGAACUGACGGGCACUGCCAGAGAAGUGACAUCUCCUUGGGACAGAAGCCAAGCCACCAUGGUGGAUGAACCUGCUGUAUUUGUAAAUAACUUAAAAUCCUAGAUCUUUUGCUCUUAGGUUUCAAGCUUAUGAUACAAAAUGGGGAAUAUAAGAAUUUUUUUCUGUAUACUGUAUUUUUUUAAAAAAAAAAGAAAUUGUGCAGCGUGGCCAAACCUACCAAUUUCAUGCAUUAACUUUGAAAAGUUGUGUGAUGUUUAAGAGGGGCCUGAAAUGAAAGCGCUGUCCAUUUUUCUUCUGGGGUUUACUGAUCAGUGUGGUAACUUUAACUUCAUUUAGUAAUUACUCUAGGAGAUUUUGCCUUUACUUAUAUUUUUUCAUGACGUUUCAUGAUUUGCUGUUGGUUUCAAAUGAAACUAUGAAUCUGGCAUGUUGCACUGUGAACACUUUGUUUGUUUGUUUACUCUUUCUCUUUUUUUUAAUCCUUUCUGUUUCAAUGUCUUAGGACAAAAAAAGAAAAAAGGAGUCCUUCCUCUGUUUUUGUCCCUUGUGAUCUCCCUUCUCUCUGUCUAUAUGCUUUCCUUAUUGUAAUUGCUCAUGUCAAUCAAGGUGCUGAUCAACUCAACACAAAGUUAAACACAUAAUCCAGUUCUACAGGAGUGACCAUGUGAGAAGACAUUAAAGGAAGGGGUUAAUGAAAGUGGCAAACACUGAACAUUAUAUCCAAUUUUAUCCUUGGUUUUUAUCCCUCAUAAUAUAAUGUUCCAUUGGAUUUACUCGACACUAAGUUGAAUAGUCUGUGAUAACAUGUCCUCAUUCAUGUAUGCCAUAAGAAUGGCAGCAAACCCCUGGAUAAAAUUUGGAGGGACCCCCCUAGCGGCUCUGAUCACACUGGACUUAGGGGAGAAGUUGUGGGUUGAGGUGUCAGUUAGAAAUAACGGUCUGUUUUGUACAUGUUUGUACCUAGGAACCGUGUAACAAGACAUCUUAAGUAAUAAAGUUUUUUUAAAUUUCUGUUUUAGUAUUUAAACUGAGAUCUGUGCUUGAUUUCAUUUCUAAAGCUUAAAUAUAGUUUGUGAUACACCGACAGAUGGACAUUUCCUUCUGAAAGGUGUUUGUUAAGACAGACAGGUCACUUUCAAAUGCGGAGGUUAUACACACAGUACCAGGAGAGCUAAUGAUCUUUUGGAUCAGGGUACCCUUGCAAGGGCUUCUUGAUAGGCAGUACACUUGGUCAAUCCUUGGUCAGUCUCCCCCCCUCUACCUUGUAGAGCACCACCUUUCAUUUCCACAUCCUUGAGUCUUGAAGAAGUCGAUGCUAAUGGAAGAAUUCCCUUGUCUGGUUUAAAUAAAGCCCGUUUCUGUUGGGA